AUGGCCGUUUCUGCGACCGGCCUCGCAUAUGCGCUCGUCGUCUUGCUCGCCAUUCUGCUGAUUAUCAGCAUUCUCCAGGUCAUUCAGGCAGUUCAUGCCAUUAGAAGGAGCAAUGCUGGCCAGCCAACUGCGCCCCGCGUCUCGCUCAUUUUGCUCGUGACAGCGACUGCUGCACUCACAUUGGGCUAUGCAUUUGAUAUCAUGGUCGUUGCGCUCACUCUCGCCACCGGUUCAGAAGCCCCGCCACCGUCCCAGGCUUACCUUGUCGGCGUUGUGAUCACGACGUUCCUCGCCCAGGGCCUCGCUCCGACCUUGAUCUAUGCAUCUGCAUCACGUGUCAUUGACGAACGCAAGGAAAUCAGCGGACUCCAAUCCAAGGACACUUCGUCGGCCAAGCGCAGACAACUGAUGCGAUGGACGGAGGUGUUCCUCUUCUUUGCAUUCCCCCUGCUCAUCACCGCGUACCUCGGAGUAUUCUGCAAAGCCGUCUUGGAUACUCCCGUCGUCGUGUCCAAAUUCCAUGCCUGGCUCAACGUCGCCAAUGGUCUCUACCGCGCUGCUAUUGUCGCGCAUGCAUUCCUGUUCCAACGACUGGCCACACGCGCCAUAUCGUUCCACCUCUUUAGCAAGUCUCACGACGUCCGCGAUCCGAUUAUGCAUCAGCCCAUUCUCUACCAUCUCACGCCAUGCAUGUUUGUGCGUACGGCCGCGCUUUUCGUGUUUACACCGCUUGCAUCCUCGUUUGCAACCGCCAAGACACCAGCCUCUGCCACCGCGUUGCUCUUAGCCUUCACGUUUUUCGUCGGAUUGUCGACUGCGUUUGGUGCGCAAAGCCUUAUUGGCGCUGCUCGUCGACCCGCAUCCCAGUGGGCUCCCCCAAAGACGACGGGCGAGCAAGAGGUGCAUAACGAAGAGGUGCCCGACGCGGACGCACCCCCGGCCCCUGGUGCUCCAAGGAGGAAGCAUAGUCGCUCCAAUAGCAUUGUGCUCUCGCCCACUAGGACCAAUUUCAGUCAAGGAGUUCAUGUCCAGGAGGAGACGGUCACCCACUAA